UGAUACCUCUGCUGUCUUCCACGUACUGUUACUCUGAUACCGCUGCUGUCUUCCACGUACUGUUACUCUGAUACCUCUGCUGUCUUCCACGUACUGUUACUAUGAUACCGCUGCUGUCUUCCACGUACUGUUACUCUGAUACCGCUGCUGUCUUCCACGUACUGUUACUCUGACUCUUCAGAAACCAAGCCAGGAAACCCAGCACGAGGGGCUGAGACGUCACUCCAACUUGUCUCUGAUUGGUGGAGAUGGAGACGUUACAACUGUUCUCCCCCAAGCAUUGAACACAAAACAAACACAAAGAAGUUGUGUAAUCUACCUGUGUGUGUGUAUUUGUAUGCGUGUGUGAGACACCGUGCCUGUAGGUGAGCGCGCGCAGACCCAGGAGGUCUGUAGUGAAUGAAAGAGGCGGGGGCGCGCGUGGACAGGCUUUAUGAGAUGCGGCAGAUAGCGAGGUGACAGAGCGGAGAGACACCGGGAGUAAGAGUCCGAGGAAAAGAGAGUUUGUAUCGGUGUGUUCGACAGACGAACAGGCAGCUGCGAUGCUGUCGGACCGCUGACUCCAUUAUCACCACCCUCGGUUUGUUUAACGGCGGUGAGACUUGGACCGGAGCGGUGACAGGGACCACGGAGCAGUAACCGCACAGCGAAACACCGACGCCGGGAAGAAGAGUGGGGACCAUGGGCUCCGCUUCGUCCUCCUACCGGGUCAUCUACCUGGACGUGGACGGCCGGAUCCAGAAGGUGGUGUUCAGUAGAUUAUGCAGCCCGUGUGACAUUAAGGAUCUGCUCUGUACAGCCCUGGGUGUGCCAAGGAGCACUAAUCUGUCCCUGCUGGAUUCUUCUGGAGCCAUGGUGUCCAUCGACCCCACCAUGCCACACAACACAGAGAGGUCACCGUAUCGAGUGGUGCCUAUGACUGGAGGACAGCUAGCUGAUAAAGAGGAACUCUUUCAGAAUGUACUGACACAAGUAGCAGAGCAGUUUUCAAGGGCGUUCAAGAUCAACGAGCUGAAGACAGAGGUCACAAACCGUCUCGCCAUGUUGGAGAAGAGAGUAGAGCUGGAGGGGAUGAAGGUGGUGGAGAUCGACAAAUGUCGCAAAGACAUCAAGAAGCUCCGUGAGGAGAUGGCAUCCAGAAACAACAGUAACUUCCUCGAAGACAAUAAGAAGCUUACCCCUCGCAGAGACAUGCCCUCUUACCCAAAGUACAUGCUGUCAGAACAGACCAUAGAUGCCCUCAAAAAACCCGCCUUCGACGUCUGGCUAUGGGAGGCCAACGAGAUGCUGAGCUGUCUGGAACAUAUGUAUCAUGACCUGGGCUUGGUCAAAGAGUUUAACAUCAACCCCAUCACACUCAAGAGAUGGCUGCUUUGUAUUCAUGACAACUACAAGAAUAACCCCUUCCAUAACUUCCGCCACUGUUUCUGCGUCACCCAGAUGAUGUACAGCAUGAUCUGCCUCUGCAGCCUGCAGGAGAAGUUCACUCAGGUCGACCUAUUGAUUCUCAUGACAGCUGCUGUGUGUCAUGAUCUCGAUCACCCCGGAUUCAACAACACGUACCAGAUCAACGCCAAAACAGAUCUGGCAGUUCGCUACAACGACAUCUCCCCUCUGGAGAACCACCACUGUGCUGUGGCCUUCCAGAUCUUCUCACAGCCCGACUGCAACAUCUUCUCCACCUUUGACCCUGAGGCCUUCAAACAGAUACGACAGGUGGGCCUGUGUGUGUGUGACAUGAUGAUAGUUUGCAAUAUAACACUGUCUCUGCCAGCCUCUAUUGAUGGUGACCUUUGCCCUCUGACCCUGUGCUCCGUGCAGCUGAAGAUGGUGCUCAUCAAGUGCUGCGACAUCUCCAACGAGGUGCGGCCCAUGGAGGUGGCUGAGCCCUGGGUCGACUGCCUGCUGGAGGAGUACUUCAUGCAGAGCGACAGGGAGAAGACUGAAGGGCUCCCCGUGGCUCCGUUCAUGGACAGAGAAAAGGUUACCAAGCCGACAGCUCAGAUUGGCUUCAUCAAGUUCGUCCUCAUCCCCAUGUUUGAGACGGUGAUGAAGCUGUUCCCACAGAUUGAGGAGGCGAUGGUGCAGCCACUCAGAGAGUCAAGAGACCGAUACGAAGAACUCAAACAGAUUGAUGACGCCAUGAAUGAGGUGCAGAAGAAUAAAAGUGAGAACUUGCCCAUGAAGAAGAAGUAAGAGGUUUUGAAAGGUAGGAGAGAACAGAAGCUGCUGAAGUGUUCUGUCAGCGUACGGCCUGGUUCCUAACUGUGUCUGUUUCAGCAGCAGUGAGCGUAGAGCACGAGAGUGAAGCACUGAGACGUCCAGUAAACUGGAGUUGUUAGCCUCAUCGGUCCUUUCCAUCACUCGCUUCUUCUUGUUGAAGAGCAGAGGACCAUCAGGAUGUGUGAUCUGGGAAAGUCCGCUGGAUGUCCAGUCAGUCACAGGAAUGUGAUGAAGCAGCUGUGAGACAGCGUUACAAACUACUGAUGGACUCAAGGACCAGACGGACGAUCCAAAGACUUUUUCAGCAAAUGUCAACUUUGACUACUUCAGUGAACAAUAUUUAGAUACAUAUCUUGCAAUGUUUUUUAUUUAAAUGUGUUGUUUUUUACAGAUUGUACAGAUUUUUAGUGACCUUUGUUCUUUGGUACAAAAAAUAAAAGGAUUACUCUCAUUACA